GCUCAACAGCAGACUCAACUGACGGAUCAGGAACUACUGGCUCGUCAAGAAGUUCAGGAGGCGUCUCAACAUGGAAGUCGCCGGCCGGAUGUUCAACGGCGGCCGGAACUCCAGGUCUUGGCAGCUGCAGCCGGCGCAGUCUUUGGCUUUGGUUUUGGAUCUGCGCUACCCUCACUUUUUGGCUUCGGAGGUGACUUCGCAUCAGCUUUCUUUGGCACAGCUUUUGAUGGAGGAGCUGCGGCUGCACUUGCAUUGGUUGGAGCAGCUGAAGCAGCUUUGGCCGGUACGGCCGGGGUUGACGGCCUUGCGGACAGCGUCAACACGGCUUACCUUGACUAUCUCUUCGGGUUUUGCUACUCACCCUAUGCCCAGUUGAGGAGGCUGAUGAACUUCUACCAGCAACCAUCGCAGGAACUUCCAUGGAAUCUGAAGACAAAUUCAGAAGUGACGAACUUGGGUCAGUUGGGCCAGAAGACAUCAACACCCAACACCAAUUGCCCUUUUCACUCGACUCUCAGAGGCGCUCCUGCAGCCGAACCACAGAUCAAGAAAUUGAGAAAACUCUGCCUGCCCCGAAUGAAAAUGAUGGCGCUGCUGAAACUGAUCACUGGCUUAGCCACUCUUCGACAAACUGCAAACGAUCUCCGAUGUUCCAAGCUGCACGACCCGACCAAUCCCUUCGAAGAUGAGCUCCCCUCCAUCGACUUCGACUUCGCAGAGCCUUUAGAUGAAGAACCCUUUUCCGGAGAUUUCGGUCGUACCGACCCUUUAGAGAUUGACUUCGCAGUUGGUUCAACAAAAACUGAACCCUUUGAAGAUGAUGCCGCAGAAAACUUCGGAGUUGCCGAUCCCUUCGAAGAAGAUGAUGAAGAUGACUUUGCAACACCCUUGGGUCUUGGGACCAAUCGAGAGCACCACCACGGAUCCCGCGACGACGAGGAGGUGUCCGCGACUGGCGUAUUCCUUGGAAAAGUGAAUGAAAGUGACCAGUUCUUGGUGGGCAGCACCAACAAAGUGCAUUCAGCACGCGCAGAAAGAUGGCUUGAGGAGAAGCUGCGAUGGAUCCCAGAAGCCAUCAUACCGAUGCGGGGUGCGCAAUGGAACCGAGAGACAAUGACCGGCCGACCAAGGAAAGCAAGUGCAGCAACACCAAAGCCACAGGCAGGCGUCACAGGAAGAAAGACGCUGCCCAUGGCAAGAGGAACGCCAAAGAACAAAGCAACGGAGGAGCCAGAGGAAAAGAAAGAGGAAAGCGGCAAGAAAGCCAAGAAAGGGCUGAGAUGUCAAACCCCAAUGCAAGUGGAUCAGGUUGAGAUAGAGGACAGAUAUGAAGGAGGACCGCCCGAGAAGCUGAAGGCCGGUGACAGAUCGGCAGACUGCCAAUACGCCAUACGUGAAUUGACGACGGGCAUUAAAGAACUCAAGGUGGCCGACAUGCAAGGCGGGACUUGCAAGGCGCCCAAUCCACAGAGGAUUUCGAAGCUGGAGGAAGCCCAGAAUAUCUGGAGUAUUCUGGAGUGCUACUCAGACACACCUUGGGGAAACUGCAAGAGGCACUUAGAAGUAAAGAGCCUGUGGGUGCAACAGGUGCUGCGCCAGAAGAAGUUUUCAUUAGCAGUGAGGGCAAAUGGCGAUGUGGCUGACGAUGGAAUGGAAGCUUUGCCAGACCAGCUUGAGAAGAAGGAUAGCAAGGAUACCGAGACAUGGUUUUUCGAUGGGCUGAUGUUCUAUGGGCUGAUGUUCUGUGUCCUGUGGGCCGCGAUGACAAUGCCGUGGACGGCAGUCAGCGCAGUGAAGAGAUGGAUGAAAGGCAGGGAAGCUGCGGAGGACAAUGCGAUGAGAUUGAUACCGGCUGGAGGUCCAGGACUGAGAGCCAGGGUGAUGGAGCUGACGAGCGAUGCCGACGAAAAUUAUGGUUCUGGGCGCCCGAAGCGAAACCUGGAGCUUGAGCCGGCUGCGUUAGCUGCAGGACUGACGAAAACUGAAUGA